ACACGUCAACAUCUCACAUGACUUAGAUCAGCACCAUUUUGGAUUUCCUGGUAGGAAAGCGGGUAUCUGUCAACACACUUCUGAUGGUUUACAUGUGAUUUACCCUCCUGUCACUCCACAAAUGGCGCUGAAGAAAGUUAAAGGGACACUCGAAAGAGUUCUCGACAAAAAUCUUCAAGAUUUGGUGCGCGGAAUAAGGAAUCAUAAGGAUACAGAGAGUAAAUACGUAGCAGAAUGUUUGGACGAGAUCAAACAAGAGUUGAGGACGGAGAAUAUGGCAGUGAAGGCCAAUGCUGUAAACAAACUGACCUAUCUCCAGAUGUGUGGGUACGACAUCAGCUGGUCCGCUUUCAACAUCAUCGAGGUGAUGAGCUCCACCAAGUUCACAUUCAAGAGGAUAGGCUACCUGGCUGCAGGGCAGAGUUUCCAUGAGGGUACAGAUGUACUGAUGUUGACGACUAACAUGAUCCGGAAGGAUCUGAUCAGCCCUAACAUGUAUGAUGCUGGAGUUGCACUCAACGGCCUGGCAUGCUUUGUAUCUGCUGACCUGGCUCGUGACCUCGCUAAUGACCUCAUGACCUUGAUGACGUCAACCAAGCCAUACCUGAGGAAGAAAGCAGUACUGAUUAUGUACAAGGUGUUCCUUCAGUUCCCUGAGGCCCUCAGACCUGCCUUUCCUCGACUCAAGGAAAAACUGGAGGAUCCUGACCCAGGUGUCCAGUCAGCUGCGGUGAAUGUGAUCUGUGAGUUGGCAAGGAAAAACCCCAAGAACUACCUGUCUCUAGCCCCUCUGUUCUUCAAGCUGAUGACCAGCUCCACGAACAACUGGGUCCUCAUCAAAAUCAUCAAAUUGUUUAGUGCACUGACCCCACUAGAGCCUCGACUUGGAAAGAAACUUAUAGAGCCCCUCACCAACCUUAUUCACAGCACGUCAGCCAUGUCCCUUCUGUAUGAGUGUAUCAACACUGUAAUAGCUGUACUCAUUUCUAUAUCUUCAGGCAUCCCGAACCACACCGCCUCCAUACAGCUUUGUGUUCAGAAACUUAGAAUUUUGAUUGAGGACUCAGACCAGAAUUUGAAGUACCUUGGUCUACUAGCUAUGUCACGGAUCUUAGCCAGUCAUCCUAAAAGUGUCCAGUCACACAAGGAUCUGGUGUUACAGUGUCUAGAUGACAAAGAUGAGUCCAUCAGACUACGGGCCUUAGACUUACUAUACGGAAUGGUGUCCAAGAAGAAUCUGAUGGAGAUAGCGAAGAAACUGAUGAUUCACAUGGAUAAGGCAGAAGGAACGCACUACCGUGAUGAACUACUAGCCAAGAUUAUUGAGAUUUCCAGCCAGUCCAAUUACCAGUAUAUCACCAACUUUGAGUGGUAUGUAAGUGUACUGGUGGAGCUGACACGCAUGGAAGGUACGCGUCACGGACGACUGAUUGCAUCACAGAUGUUGGAUGUAGCUAUACGUGUACAGGCCAUUCGUCCAUUUGCAGUGUCACAAAUGGCUGUUUUACUAGAAAACUCCCACUUAUUGGCCAACAACUCCCAAAGGAACGGUAUCUGUGAGGUUUUAUAUGCAGCAGCAUGGAUAUGUGGGGAAUUCUCCAGCCACCUAAAGGACCCGCGGGUGACAUUGGAAGCCAUGUUGAAGCCAAAGAUCACAGCCCUGCCUGGCCACAUACAGAGUGUGUAUGUACAGAACAUCAUCAAGUUGUUUGCCAAUGUCCUACUUGCUGCGGAGCAAGAUGACGAUCAGGACCUGAUGCGAGAGAUGGGACAGAUGAUGGUUGAGAAACUUCCGAUGUUUGUACAGAGUUCCGACCUGGAAGUCCAGGAAAGGGCAUGUUGUGUGCUGCAAUUAGUGAAGUAUGUUCUAAAGUUGAUGGACAAAGGUGUUAAGGUUGGGGAGGAAGUGGCUGCUCUCUUUGCGGGGGAUCUUAACCCCGUCGCACCAAAGGCCCAGCGCAAGGUUCCUGUACCAGAUGGACUUGACCUUGAAAAAUGGAUUAAUGACCCUCCAUCAGACAGCUCAGAUGAAGAAAUUGGUGGCGUGUCCAUCUUCAGUCUCGGCCGUGAAGAACACAGACCGUUCUAUCAGACAGAUGAAACUAAGCCAGUGUAUGAACCAACAGAAGAAGAAAUGGAAAAGCGACGUUCACAACGCAAGAUUGACCAGAUGCAUAACCCUCACUAUCUCAAGGCAGACGAGAAAUCAGCGAGAAAGAGGAGUAACGACCUGACAAAGGUGGACGACAUUCCUGUAGCCCAUAUAGACAUAUCUGUACCCCUCCAUGUGCCAGGCUUGUCUUCCUCAGACCAAUACAUGAACUUGUCCAAAAAAGAGAAAGACAGAAGGAAGAAGGGACGAAAAGGCAAGCACAAGCGUAAAAAGGGACAAGAAGAAGAGGACUCGGAGGAAGAUAUACCCACUUCCCAUCAAGUCAGCACAGUGGUGGAUCUUCCUGAGGGUGCCAGUGUGUCAGACAAUGAGGAUAACAAGAACUCAGAUGAGUUGUACAGAAAACUGGACAUCAACUUGGAUGAACCUCUACGUGAUGAUGAGGUAAUUCCAGUGAGACAACACCAUAUUGUCUUAGGCUCUCCCAACAAUGUAGAGGAAGAUAUGGCUGUAGCAGAACAACCACGACGGAAACAUCGGAAGGCAAAGGACAAAGACAAGGAGGAUAAGAAAAAACACAGGAAAGACGGCAAAGAAAAGAAAAGCAAGAAGCGUGAUAAAAAGCGGUCAGAGGCGACAGACUCCGUAUCUAAUCUGUUACUAGAAACUGACACACAAAGUGGGCCUGAAGUGGAAGUGGUCACUAACGGUCCUACAACAGAGGAAAUGCCACAGGAAAACAACGUCCAGCCAGGAAAGGAAGAUGACUUAGACUUCUGGCUAUCAAGUAAUGGAGCGACUCCAUCGCCUACUAACCCCACUGUAGUGGUGGAGAAUAUGGAUGUGGAAGUAGCUGGCUCCAGUGACGAGGAGGGAGAUAAAAAGAAAAUAAAGAAAAAGAAAGAAAAGAAAACCAAGAAGGACAAGAAAGAUAAGAAAGACAAAAAGAAGAGGUUGCGGGCAGAGUAUGAAGAGGCAGAUGGAAUAACUACACCGUCAAAAGAACAGCUCCCCCCUGGCGAGGCAGAAAUAUCACUGAACAACAAACUACCGCCGAUGUCAGGGUACAAACACUUGGCUGAAAAUGGUACAGUAAAAAUGACGUAUGAGACGAGAGUGAAUCCCUCACGAACAGACCAAUUGGUUGUGUCUGUAGUAUUCGUCAACCUUACAGACAACCAACUCAAAGACCUCGAGUUCAAUGUGAUGGACACACUUAACACUAAAUUAAUUAGAGCAAUGGGUAGCAGUCAUCAUGAUGCAGUCAAAGUCCCUUUUGUUCUCCUGCCGAAUUCCCAGAAUGAGGGCCAGUUUGCCUUCACUGUACAAAGCAUCAAUGUGCCGCAGAAACUUAAGGGAACUCUUACCUAUAUACUUAAGACUGAUGAUGGUUCAACCCAUGAUAAAGUGGACUUUAAAGUAGAGUUGCCGUGUUGUGCUUUCCUGACCAGUGUACCUUGUAGUGGGGAGGAUUUUGCUUCACUCUUAUCAAGUGGAGAUUUAAAUGCCAAAUCUUCCAUUUCUAUCACACCUUCAGACACACAGUUCCAUCAUAUAUUAGCUAAAAUCUGCUUUUAUCAACAUUUUACAGUUGUAGAACAAGUAUCAAAUAGUGCUUCAUUGUACAGUCGAUCAAUACAGGGCCACCAUGUAUGUCUUCUAGUCAAAAAGAAUAAUGAAGAGCUGAAAGUAGAUGGGAAAUGUUCAGACACCAGCCUAAUUUCUAGUAUUGUUCAAGAUAUCAAGUGCGCAUUGGUCUAAUGGAUAAAGGUGCCACACACGUCAAACAUUUGACUGUAGAGAUUACUGUGUAUUUCACCGAAUCCCAUUCUGUAUAGUCUUCAUCCUCCCAUGAUAAUCUUCACCCAAGUCCAAACAGAUUACCCCCCCUACCUUGUGUUUCCCAGCCAGUGAUGUUACUCUCUUGGAUGAUGUAGAAAGAUCACCAUGUCACAUAAAUUAAAGGUCAUCUCUUCACAACUACUUUCCAAUUUUUUGUUGAUAAAAAAGGGUUACUAUUCAGACUUGGCUAUACACAAUUUGUGUAUAGUGCAUUUGAACCUCUUAGAUGUGUUACAAAAUAUUGAAUAAUUAAGAUUUAAAAUAAAACAACAUUUUUCCAAAUUCUACGUGGAAGUACCAUAAAAACCCGUGUAAUUUGUGGAGGUACUUUUGAGACUGAAAAUACUGGGAAAAAACUUCUAUCCGUAUAUUUUGCGCAUUAAAAAAUUUGACUAAAAAUGAUGUCCAGGAGGUCCCAAAAUUGAUGUAAACACAGAUUAGCACAAAACAUUGCUUAAAAUUAUUCUACUAAAUACUUGAUGAUUAAAAUAAUUUGAUCAGUUUGUGUUUAGUUACGUUUAUUCAGAACUGAUUUCUGUUUCAUUGUGAUGAAUCCCUAAUUAACUCAAGUAUCAACACAUAUAGUAAGUAGCUAUACAUCACUUCAUUAUCUGACUUAUUAACAAGAAUAAAUUGCUGUGUGCAUGUUUAUUGAUCUUCAAGUUCCUUUGCGGGAAUUUCCGUCUUUUUCCAAGAUGGCAGACUUUGAGAAUUGGAGAUCUUUUUUUUUCUGUAAAGAAAAAAACUUUAAAAAAACAUCUGUACUUGUAUAAUUUGCGGACCCCAACUUCAAACUUUAUUUCAGUACAAAAAAACUGAGCAAAUUACAAGAGUUUUUACAGUAGGUAGAAAAAAAUGAAGUCACAAGUGUCUUGACCUUUUAAUGCUGUAAUGUUGAGCAGUAUCUAAUAAUGAUACCUUGGAUAAGGCAGACUUUCAUUGAAGAUGACAUUGUUUGUUUACUAGAACCAAAGGUGUCACUACUAAGAAUAGUUAUAUAGUGUAUCCAGGCUUGACUGUUUAAUUAUGAUUUUACACGUAUGGUUUUAUUUUAGGGAAUUAUAUCUCAUAUCACGUUUUGUUUCAUUUAUGUUAUCACAGAUUUUUUGUGAUAUAGCAGUCCUGUUGAAAAUUAUUGUUUUAUAUCCUUAUUGUUUGAAAACAAUUUCUGUGAAGUUUAUUUUCAAAAAUUGUACCUUAUCAAUGUAUUCAUAAGAUUAUUCUCUAUUAUAAAAUAGUAUUUAAACUUUCAUACAUUUAUGCAGUUGUGAUUUGCUUUUUGAUAUUAUGUACACAGGUGCAAUAAAAUUAUUAGUCUAAACAGUCACCAAACUUUGGUAGGAACUAUUGACUGUCACCAAACUUUUGUAGGAACAAUUGUACAGUCACCAAACUUUGGUAGGAACUAUUGUACAGUCACCAAACUUUGGUAGGAACUAUCGUACUGUCACCAAACUUUGGUGGGAACUAUUGACUGUCACCAAACUUUGGUAGGAACUAUUGUACUGUCACCCAACUUUGGUAGGAACUAUCGUACUGUCACCAGACUUUGGUAGGAACUAUCGUACUGUCACUAGACUUUGGUAGGAACUAUCGACUGUCACCAGACUUUGGUAGGAACUAUCGUACUGUCACCAAACUUUGGUAGGAACUAUCGUACUGUCACCAAACUUUGGUACGAACUAUCGACUGUCACCAAACUUUGGUAGGAACUAUCAUACUGUCACCAAACUUUGGUAGGAACUAUCGUACAGUCACCAAACUUUGGUAGGAACUAUCGUACAGUCACCAGACUUUGGUAGGAACUAUCAUACUGUCACCAAACUUUAGUAGGAACUAUCGUACUGUCACCCAACUUUGGUAGGAACUAUCGUACAGUCACCAGACUUUGGUAGGAACUAUCGUACAGUCACCAAACUUUGGUAGGAACUGUCGUACUGUCACCAAACUUUGGUAGGAACUGUCGUACUGUCACCAAACUUUGGUUGGAAGUGUCUGACUGUUACUUAGGUAGGAAUUAUUGGACUGCUACCAAACUUCAGUCGGAAGUGUUGGAAUGCCACCAAACUUUAGUCGGAAGUGUUGAACUACCUGAACUGCCAGUAUUACACUAUUUCUGCCUAAUCACUAUAUUUUAACUUGCUUACUGUCGGCUACAAAAAAGUAUAUGUAUAUUCUCAGAAUGCAAGUUUUAGAGUGAACUUGAGGGGUGAAGAAAUAUAUGCAAUGUUUCAGUGCUUGAAUCAGAAAAUAAUAUGGGCCUACUUUAUAAUGUACACACACAUUAUUUGUUCUUGUUUAGAUGUAAAUAGCAGUGUCUUUUGUUUUGCUUAAAUGUCCCCUAUAUUAUUUCUCAGUCUUACUGUCAUUACAUUGUUGUUAGGUCAAAAGCUGCUCUUACAUAGUAAUGACAUACCUAUUGUCUGAUACGGGUCAGGCUUGUUUUCAUCUCAUAUUUGUUACAUUAUCACAGUUUUUUCAGACGGAAUAAUUUGCUGAUCUGGGUUACGCUAAUGUUUUCAUCUCGAGUUUGUUACAAUGUCGCUGUAAUCUCAGACCAAUUGUCUGAUCUGGGUCAGGCUGAUGUUUUCAUCUUGAGUUUGUUAUAUUUUCACCGUAAUCUCAGACUGAUUGUCUGAUCUGGGUCAGGCUAAUCCAGAUUUUCAGUAAUGUCAUACACAUGUACCUAUUGUUUGAUCUGGGUCAGGCUGAUGUUUUCAUCUUGAGUUUGUUCUAUUGUCAUUAUAAAAUCAGACCAAUGGUCUGUUCUGGGUCAGACUAACGUUUUCAUCUAGAGUUUCAGGAAUUUCAAACCGAUCAAUCUUGGUUAGGGUAAUGUUUUCAUCCAGAGUUUCAGUAUUGUCAUACCUAUAUUGUCUGAUCUUGGUCAGACAAAUGUUUCAUUCAGAGUUUCAGUAAUGCCAGACCGAUUGUCUGUUCUGGGUAAGACUAAUAAUAUUCAUCCUGAAUUUGUUACAUUGUCACACUAUCACUUGUUGAUUUGGGAUAAGAGGUGUUUUUUGUGUAACUUUGCUGAGAUGUUUCUCUAAAGCUGUAAUAUGUGUGUUUUGUGUAACUUUGUUGACAUAUUUUUUCUAAGAAAUAUGAAGACUCACUGCUGUUCAUGCAUCUAUAAACACCUUGAGAUAUGGUUUCUUUUUCUUUAUUAAACAACUGUGAUAUAUAUAAAUUCCAUUCAACACACAUUGUUUACUUCAUUUUAACUUCUUUCGGAAGUUUGUGUGUUAAAAAUGUAUGGUACUUCCGUAUAUGGUUUAUGAUUUAAUUACUAAACUGCUUGUAGCUUCAUUAUGAUGGCAAAACACUGUUCAGCAGGUCUUGUUUCUGCUCUAAACCUCUUUAUUCAGCUUUAAAAGCUCCAGAACUCUCUUAGCACACUUCAGCAGGCCUUAUCAGCUUCAGAUCCAUCUAAGCACAAUAUUCAACAGGCCUUGUUUCAGCUUCCGAGUCCCCAAUAUGAGUGUGUUUCUAUUAUUAAGUUAUCUUUGCCUUGACAAAUCACCUGCAUUCCAAAUUUGAAAUUGUUUACACUGUAUAAAAAUGUCUUAACAGUUGUAAGAACUUGCAUGAAAUAACCCAGUAGUUAUGACUUUAAAGGUUUUGUACAUGAAAUUGUUUUGAUUGAUUGGCCUUUCAGGCAAAAUGUUGUGACACUGCCUUUCAUCAGUCUCCUUAAUAUAUGGCAACCAAAUUGUUUGGAAGUUGACAAGUGUGUUCUUUGGGAAUUACUUAAUAUAAAUGUGUACUUUAUGUUAUAGACAUUUGAUGUUUGUAUUUCAUCAAUAAUUGAAUUAUGUCAAGAGUAUGCUCAGGACGUCCAUUUCGUAUGAAUAAAAGGGUUUUGAAUGAGGAAUGUUUAUAAAUAUCUCAAGAUGUUAUAUUUAUAUUGAAUUUCAGAAUGCACUGUUCUGGAAGCCCUCUUUGUUGUUCACAAACUGUAAAAUAUGUGCAAAUAUUGUUAUUUCUUUGCUGGAUAUUAGCUAACAAUUCCACAAGGGAAGAAGUCUGUAUAAUUACAGACUUCAAAAGAUGAAAAAAAAAUCAAGAUCAACAAGAUUCUGUGUCACUAAUCUACAGUGAUCAAACAUCUGGUAUUAUUUCAGUUUCCAAAAAUUAAUUUUUGAAUUUAAGGAAAUAUAUCUGGUGAUUGAGAAUUAGGUCAUCAUAGUAUGGCCAAUAUCAGCUUGACCUGAAAAGACCAGGUGAGUUGGUGACACUGAAGAUUUUGUCAAUUACUUUCUGGUUAGUAAUACACAUAUAGGAGACAAGGGACAAAUUUCCAACCCAUGGUCCAUAUACUGUAUAAACAUUGUAUAUGAUUGCCAGUCCAGUUCCACUACACUCUAAUACAAGCAUAUAUAUACGGACUGACACCAUUUGUUGGAAAUUUGUCUCUCUGGGUAGGAGAUAUACAAAUUUUGGAAUGACAAACUAAUAUUUCAGCUAACAGUUGUGUGUGGUUAUCAAGAAAACACUUCCUUCCGAUUAGUGUAUGUAUUCAGAAUGUUUAACUGGAUGUAAAGUUUUAUUUUUCUGUAGUAUCCGAUUAUACAGGUCUGUGAUCGCUGGCCCAUUAGGUUGUAUAAAUUGUGUGUUGCCAGGAUAAUAGUAAAUUAUGGUGCGAGAUUGUGUCAGUAUAGGUAUACAGAAAGCUUGUAUUAUAAAUCAUCACAUCAUCUGUUACAUGUAUAUACAGCAGCAAUCAGCUAUUCAUUUAAUUAAAUGCUGUGUACAUGAAUACCA